UGAUCGUCCUCUCCGGGAGGAACCCAGCGGAUCACCGGGAAGCUUCCGCCAUGGCCCCGCCGUGCAGCGGGGAUGUGAGCUGAGCGGGCGGGGGAGCCGCAGAGGAGCUGUCCGUCCGUCGUGGUGCUGAUGCGGCUGUGAGCAGCGAGCAUGGCCGCCGGGAAGUUGCUGCUGUACGCCGGGCUGUCGCUGUCGCUCUGCGCCCUGGGCAUGCUGGCCGUGGCGAUGUGCUCCGACCACUGGUACGAGACCGACGCCCGGAGGUACCGGGAGCGCUGCCGGAGCUUCUCCAGCCGCCGCAAGGACCCGGGCUUCAUCUACAUCCCCAACAACAGCCUGCCGCUGCGGGCCGGCCGGAGCAGCCCGCCCCGGGAGGACACGCCGCUGCGGGCCGGCCGGAGCAGCCCGCCCCGGGAGGACACGCCGCUGCGGGCCGGCCGGAGCAGCCCGCCCCGGGAGGACACGCCGCUGCGGGCCGGCCGGAGCAGCCCGCCCCGGGAGGACACGCCGCUGCGGGCCGGCCGGAGCAGCCCGCCCCGGGAGGACACGCCGCUGGCCCGCAGCCGCCGGCAGCUGUUCGCCAUGAGCGCCGCGGAUGAGUGCAGCCGCCAGUACAACUCCACCAACAUGGGGCUGUGGAGGCGCUGCCACCGGCUGGGCUUCGACCAGGAGAUCGAGGACCUGAUCCGGAAAGAAACCAUCUCAAGAUGCUCCUACAUCAAGUAUCACUAUUCCUCGGCGACGAUACCCAAAAACCUGUCCUACAACAUCACCAAGACCAUACGGCAGGACGAGUGGCACGCCCUCCACCUGCGGAGGAUGACGGCUGGCUUCAUGGGCAUGGCGGUGGCCAUCAUCCUGUUCGGCUGGGUCAUCGGCGUUCUGGGCUGCUGCUGGGAUCGAGGCCUCAUGCAGUACGUGGCCGGACUGCUCUUCCUCAUGGGAGGAACCUUCUGCAUCAUCUCGCUCUGCACCUGCGUGGCCGGGAUCAACUUCGAGCUGUCCCGCUUCCCGCGCUACCUGUACGGCCUGCCGGACGACAUCGGCCACGGCUACGGCUGGUCCAUGUUCUGCGCCUGGGGCGGUCUGGGCCUCACCCUCAUCGCCGGCUUCUUCUGCACCCUGGCCCCCUCCGUGCAGCCCCUCCCCCGCUCCACCUGCCCCAAGUCCCGACAGGAGAACGGCACCGUCUGCUGAAGACUCCGCCCCGUCCUCCACCCCCCCACCCGCUCAUCUGCUGUUUUCUAAUGUGUGUGUGCGCGCGCGUGUGUGUGUGUGUGUGU